UUCGAAUGUGUAAAGAGUGGUGUCAACAAAUUUAAGCUUUACGAUGGAAGGGGCUUUAUUAGCUAUCCUGAUGAAUGAAUCCAGUAGUAGUAGCAGCAGCAGCAAUAAUAGCAGCAGCAGCAGUUCAAAUUCUUCAAGCGAUGACGGACGUGAACGACAGCGUGUGCAAAAUUUUCUAGAAACAGUUCAUGCUAAAAGCAACGAGAAGUUAAGGGAAGAUUUCAGAUUGGAGCGGUCAAUUGUUAACAUAUUAUUAGAAAGUUUGGAAAAUAGUGGAUUCAUUCCAACCCAUACCUUUGGAAAGGAAAAGAAACCUGCAGAAUUGUGUUUAUUAAUGACACUUUGGUUUCUCGGCAACAGGGAAUCACAUAGGUUACUGUCAAAUCUCUUUGAUAUUUCAUUCUCAUCUGUAUUUCACAUAGUGCGAAGAGUCAUUGAUUGGCUCAUUACACUUGUUCCUCAGUUCAUUAAAUGGUUAGAAGGAAAUAACCUUGUGAGAAUAUCCGAGAGAUUUGAAAAUGUAGCAGGUAUUCGUGGUUGUAUUGACGCAAUAGAUGGUUCUCAUAUUCAUAUUAAUAAGCCAGAAGGAAAUGGUAGGGUAUAUUUCAACAGGAAACAACAUUAUUCUAUUCUACUGCAAGCUGUGGUAGACUGCGACCUAAAAUUCACGAAUGUAUAUUGCGGGGACCCGGGCUCUUUUCACGAUGCCAAAAUGUUAAGAAGAUCCGAUCUAUUUGUAGUAGCCGAACAGAAUCGCGAAAGAAUUUUUCCUAACAAUAGCUUUUUAUUAGGCGAUAAAGGAUAUAAUGGUGUAGCACAAACGUGGCUGGUUUGUCCUUUUCGGAACAACAGAAAUUUAACAGUUGAAGAAGAUGAGUUCGACACGAAAAUUUCUCAAACGCGUGUAGUAGUCGAACUAGCCUUCGGCAUUCACAAGGGUCGUUUUCGUUUACUGCAAAUGAUGUCACUUCGAGAUAUUUAAUUCAUGAUACGAGUUGUUGUCGCAUGUUGCGUAUUGCACAAUAUUUGUUUUAUAAACGGAGAUAAUGGGGAAGGUUUAUUCAAUGACGAACUUGAUCAACAAUGGAAUGACAUGUCGAAUAAUGAAGAUGUCAAUGAGUUGGAAUUCAAUGAUAUUCCGAUGACUUGAUUUACUAAUAUAUAAAUGUAAGCAAUAGAUGUAUAAUUCAAAAUUUAUUUGCUACAUAUUUUACGGAACUUAUUUUUCCAAAAUUGUAUCGAUAAACUCUAUUUCAUCUUUAUGAAAUUGUAUAUUAUAUAAAUGUACCCAAUAGAUGGACAAUUCAAAAUGUAUAUGCUAAAGAUUUGAUGCUGCAUAACUGUAAGCGUUAAAUAAAUUGAGUAGAUUUUGUAUCAAAAGUUUUUUUUUACUUUGUCUUUGGGGAGAAAUGAUAAUACCAUCUUAGGGUUUAAGUACAUAAAACUUUGGUUUG